AUGCAAAAGUACAACCUGCAACUGUUGGUGCUGAGCUGUUUGUGCCUGCGUGGCAUGCAACUGCAGAUUGUGAGUGAAAACAUUUUGAUGGAGGCUAAAGAACUAGAGGAUGAUAUGGAUCUAACGCAGGUGAACUGGCGAGCGAUAAUACCGAUGCUGCUGCAAAGGGAGCAACUGCGUCUAUGCGUUUCGAUCUAUCAGUUCGACCAGCAAUUGGUGCGCGGCACCAACUGCGAACGGCUGCUGAGCAGCGGACUGAUGAAAUAUUGUGAUAUAGGACAGAUCGAGGAUUUGAGUGUAACGAUGCGUGCGGCGUUCGGUUCGAUGCUGUUCGAUACGCUGCAGAAAUGUCGUCCUGGACUCGAGAUCUUUGGUGUGCGUUGUCGUCGACGUGCCUAAAGUGUGAGAGAAGCAGCAGCAGCGACAACCAAGACUCUGUGCCUUGUCAUUUCAAUGUGUCAAUAAAAAUUGCAAUGUGGGUGAAGGCUGCUCCCCAGCGCCUGGGCGAGCUGAGUCCUUGCUACAGCAGCAGCAGCAACAGCAGCAGCAUCCAUGACAAAUGACGAUUAUAAUUUGUAAAAUUUUUGCACCCUGCCUUGUUCUCUUGCUCAUAUACAAUGUUGGCCUAGUUUUUAGCCUUCAGUUGCCUUCAGAUUCAGUUAGUGCAUUUUG